AUGGCCGACGACGACGAUACCAGCGGUCGAAAUGCACCCAAACGUGUCAAAAUUGCACCGGAUGCCGCACCACCUGCUGCCAACGACAACAAGUCCACUUGCAAUCGCCAAAGGUGUCUCGCGCAUCCACUGGGCGUAAAGCCCAUUGGCAACUACUUUGCCGACGCUGUCAAUGGCGUUGUGGACUGUCGAGCAACCGGUUUAGGACGUCUCGCGAUGUUUCCGGAUAAUCAGAUACUGUCCGUCUUGCACCACUGCUCAGCGGCUGACUUGGCACACUUGGCAGCUUGCAGUCGCGCUGCCUAUGUGUUUGCCACGCACGACGAGCUAUGGCGAGUGCUGGUGCUCGAAGAAUUGGGUGCUCGCUUCCAGCCCGAGUCGACGUGGAAAGCUACGUACCUGAAGUCCAAGUACGGCGACAACGUGCGACUUGGUGCACCGAUCUGUGUGCAGGGCAUGUACUCCGACCUGCUGUUCCAGUCGUUUUACUGUGCAGCUACACCGAUCGAAGAGACGUGGUUGGCCGUGGAGAACGUGGCACGUCGCAGUGCGAACGACCUGACGCUCGAAGCCUUUCGACACGAGUUCGAGCGUCCAAAUGUGCCAGUUAUUAUCACGGAUGCGAUCGACGACUGGCCGGCAAUGACCAAGUGGACCGACGAGUACCUAGUGGACGUCUGUCGCAGCACAACAUUCGACGCGGGCGGGUUUGAGUUCCCUCUGGGAGAGUAUCUCAACUACGCACGUACGUUACAGGACGACCAACCGCUGUUUAUCUUUGACAAGCAGUUUGCUGCCAAGGCGCCGCAGCUGGCUCAAGACUAUACGGUGCCCAAGUACUUUCGAGACGACUACUUUGCUCAUCUUGGCGACGAGCGACGGCCGGACUACCGCUGGCUCAUUAUCGGGCCCGCGAGAUCGGGCUCGAGUUUCCACAUUGACCCGAACGCAACGAACGCGUGGAACGGUGUGGUUCGCGGCCGCAAGAAGUGGAUCAUGUUCCCGCCUGGCCAAGUCCCGCCCGGCAUCCACCCGAGUGACGACGGUAGUGAAGUGUCUGCCCCAGUGUCCCUCAUGGAGUGGUUCAUGACGUUUUACAGCACGUGUCAGAAGCUACCGGCGCACUUGAAGCCGCUCGAAGGGAUCUGUCGAGAAGGCGAAGUCAUGUUUGUACCACACGGGUGGUGGCACGCGGUCCUGAACAUUGACGAGAGUAUUGCAGUGACGCAGAACUUUGUGGGCGCUUGCAAUGUCAAGAGCGUACUGGCUUUCUUCACUGAAAAGCCCGAUCAAGUGUCAGGGUGUCCCGUGGAACAACGUCAAGAGCUCCGCAACUUGUUUCGAGACGCGUUGGCUCGCAAUGUUCCAGCGGUUUUUGCUCAGGUGGAAAAAGAGUUGGAAAAAGAACAGGAGCGCAAACAUCGAAAGUCCAAAUGGGCACUGCUCCUCACUUCGGGACUUGACAGGGGCAAUGAAAAGACACCAUGUGCAGUAGUAUCGUCAACAAUGGACGCGACUGGAGCAGCUGGCAGCACUUUUGGCUUUAGCUUUACUUUUCCAGCCAGCGAAGCUGACAGCUAG